GGCCAGUUCAUCUUGCACCGCCCGCAUGGUCCAUCCAAGAUGGCAGCCAAGCGCGAUCUGAGGUGGUCGCGGCGGUUGCUGUGGAGGUUGUGGCUGGUCCCGAACGCUCCACAGAACCCGGGAUCCGGCCUGGGCCUAGAAGCGAGGACUUAUUCCCAGGGCGACGGCCCAUACUCGCGCACCGCGCUCUAUGAGCUGCUCGGCGUCCCCUGCACGGCCACGCAGGCGCAAAUCAAGGCGGCCUACUACCGGCAGAGCUUCCUCUACCACCCAGACCGCAACUCGGGGAGCGCGGAGGCUGCCGAACGCUUCACGCGCAUCUCCCAGGCCUACUUGGUGCUGGGCAGUGCCACCUUGCGUCGCAAGUAUGACCGCGGCCUGCUCAGCGACGAGGACCUGCGCGGGCCUGGUGUCCGGUCCUCCAAGGAGCCCGCCGGCAAUGCGGGCUCGCCCCGCGCCCCGCCACCUGCCUCUCGGGCGCACAGUCGUGGUCAGGCCGCGGCGGGCGCCGACCGCACCAUGUUCGACUUCGACGCCUUCUACCGAGCGCACUACGGAGAACAGCUGGAGCGCGAACGGCGCCAGAGGGCCCGGCGAGAGGCCCUGCGCAAGCAGCAGGAGGCCCGGGCCAAGAAGGGCUUCCGCUGGGACGAGACCCGAGACACUUUUGUGUUCCUUCUCUUAACAGUCUUCGUCAUCGUGGGCUUUCGUUCUUAAUCGGAGAGAGGAGGAAAGGGGACCAGCCCCCAGCCGGCCUUUCCUGUCUUCUUGAACCCUCGCCUUCCAUAGUCUACCUCUGCUGGGGUCCGAGGGAACUGCUCUCCCCCUCCUCUUCCCCGCCCGCCCAGCUUAGCCAUUCACCUGCACGGCCCUCCCCUACGGUCCAGAAAAAGCUUUUCGAUGCCCAAGAAGAAGAGUCCCGAAAGCCCGAGAGUGAAGGGUUUUCUGGAGUCCCUUGGGUGCCAAUUCCAGAGGUUGCCUUCCUGAUGUUGUCAACUUCUGGAACACUUGCUCUGGCUUGAUUGUAAAGCUCUGAGCAAGCGUUGUCUGCUCCUGCCCCACGUUUGUACCGUGGGGCUCCUGUGUAACCUUGAACCGUGCAAUGUGACCCGUUGUUGGCUGCCAAAAGAAAAAUUCUGGGGUUGUCCGAACCUUGUGUUUCUGUGAGUUCCCCAGCCACAGGUGAGACCCGAUGUAGGGUAAGAAUGGGAUCUUUGGAAACCUUGCCGUUUUGGUAUGAUCAGCCCUAGGCCCCACUCCCCCUUCUGUCCGUGGCAUGUGGGAGUAGGAAAGCAAGGUCAUGGAGCAUUAGGAAUCGAGUGCUCCUGUACCCAUACUUAUCUAAUGUGUGACCUCAGAGAAAUUACUCUGUGGCGUGACAGCAGAGGAACAAAUCAUUUGCUCUCUUGAGGUCUGUCACACUUGAUUAUCCAGUUCUAAUGGGCUCAGUGAUUAAAACAUGAUGUUAGCAGAGUCAGAUUUAUCCUUGGGACAAUGUGCCUGUCUCCUGGUCAUUCCUUGGCCAGCCACCCCGUCACUAACUGUGCAGCCCCAUCCCCUCCCUGAAAUAGAGCAACAAACGGGGGGUUUGAGUCCAGCAAACUGGGAAUGUGGCCUGUCCUCUUGUUUAACCCCACAAGUCAAGUCCUUGAAACUUGGCUGCUUGAGUGUGGAGUAGACGGUACUUCUAAGGGAGAGGAGGCAUGUGGUGGAAACUUGGGUCUUUAUUCAGAGCUGGCUGAGGCUUUUUUCCCUCUGGGUUUCUAAGUCGAGCUAAGCGGUUGGUCAUCACUUGGCUGGAGCUGUGGUAGUCAGGCUCUCGAUUAUGUGUCCCUGCACACGGAGUCUGUGUGUGGGCCGUGAGAUUUCAGCUGCUCACGUAUUUAUGCACUGGGGCUAAGUGUAAAGCUGUGGGAUAGGAAAAUCUUUGCAAGAGUGAGGACAGAAGCGUAGGUUCUAAACCAAGCCAGAGGCGCAUUGGUAAAUUAGUAAGAACUGCUCUUGUGAAAUCCUUGUAAUUAGGAUAAGGCCACAGCUCGUUCAAAUUGGUGUCUCGGAAAGGAUUUUGAUUCUAGCCUUGGAAGUCAGGGGCAAGCUCUUAGGACUUUGCAGUGAGCACACGAUUCAGUGGUAAAGAUUUGAGCCUGCUUUGGAUUCAAACUCGGUAGGCUCAGCUAGCCUUGGUUUGGGGGGAGGGGCACAUGUACUUUUAGAAAGAACAUUUAAUGUUAUUAUGUUUCGUAUUUGGAAAACAAGUCCUUUUUGAAGUACAAACAACAGGAAGUGUUGGGCUUAGUAAAAUGUGCCAGAAACUUGGUGGUUCUCAACCAAGCAGCUGGACGCAUAACAGCGUGUCCUUGGGGCGAGGUUCUAUCAGAGUUUCUGUCAAAAAGGAGGAUUGGUGUUCUUUUGGGGGGUAAAAGCACUAGUGGUCUGUGAUAGCUGGGACCUUUCUCAUGGGCUCCUUGAUAUAGACCUCCCCCAAGUUUGUUUUCUGUCAGUAAAUAUCAAAGCCAAGAACAUUCCCUGGGGCCUCUGAACACAGAGGUAUAUAGAAGGUUCCAGAAGGUUGGGGGAGGGGGCAGACCCUGUGAAACUUCUGGAACAUUCCAUUCAACUCCAAGCAGGAUAGUCAAUAAAGUUCAUUGAUCAUCCAACUGUAAACCUCUCCUUAGGCCUUAGAACCAGGCUCACGCUAUUACAGUGCCAUCCUACCUGCCUCAGGUUUGUUGUUUUUUUUUUUUUUUUAGCCCAGAGCUGAACUCGAAGUUCCCACUCAAUACUCUCCCUAAAACGGAGUCUGGGUCCUUUAUGGAAGGGGAGAUGUGUGGGAGGCUUUUUGAAGGAUCCCCAAACUGGUUCCCAUCAUAUUUCCCCCUUCCCACCUAUCCCCUAUGAUUGCCCUAAGUCGUUCCUUUCUCAGUUUCUUAUCUGCCCUAAGGAGGAGAGGCUGAACCAGGCCAUGAACGUUACCCCUGCCUUCUAGGGGCUGCUUCCCAAUUCCUGAUAGUGGAGGAAGGCUCAGACAUGUUCAAUUUUAGUCCCUUUUCUCCUUUUGAUCACAAACUAAAACAAAACUCUCUGGAAAGUUGGACCUAGGACAGGAGAAGAUAACAGCAGCCCAGCCUGCCUCAGACUGUUCACUGGGGUGGGAAUGGGAUUGCAAGUACAGCAUGAGGGUGAAUGAGCAGCACACACAAGUCCUGAACGGGGAGACACGGACAAGACAGUAGUCAAAGGUGUACUUGUAUAGACAAUCCUGAUACUGUUUUUGGACUUGAUCAGGACUUUAUUUCUCCUGAGCCAAACUUUGCCCUUUGUUGCUUUUUGUUUAUUGCUGGGUGAAGGGAUCCUUUGCAGAUCCCAGCGCUGAGGGAGUAGGAUUUCUUGCUUCCCUUCUGAGGUUCUGGCAUUUUGUUCACUCGGUGCACCUUGCCUUCCAUAAUGAUCCUAGCAUGAGCCAAGAUGAAUAUGAAUAGCCUACCUUAGACCAAUGAGUUGUCCAUUUGGUCUUUAUAUAUAUAGCGUGCGCGCGCGCGCACACACACACACAGUCCUUAAGGUCACAAGCCUAGGCACCAAGGAUGGAGCCCAAGUAAGUUGCCACCAUACUCCUUUUUGGAGAAAUGGUAGCAGGGUGGGGGUGGCAUACCUCAGACCUUCCUGGCAAGGUCACCAGAUCCCAGGAAGAGAGGCUAGUAAGUGGUAGUGUUCCUUCAAUCCUCUGUCUUGAAUUCAGUGCACUAGAAAUGUGGGCUCUAUCCUGGUCUUUGCCUCCUCUCAAUUCCUCAGCCUUGUGACAUCACACACUGCCCCCUGCCUAUGAUCAGGAUCAUAGGAGGAAGCCUGCCUUGCCUACCUUCAGUACCUUGGUUCUCAGGCCCAGCUUGUGGGCCUGGUGGCCGUAGGGUUUGUGCAAAGCAGUUGAGGGUCCCUCUGUUACUUUGUGAGGAUGACCAUGAGACCUGAAUCUAGGUCCUCGUGGCGAACUUGCAUAUACUGAGAACGCUCAGUGCCAUCAUCCCCAAGAAGCAGGUGCAGAGAGCUCCUCUUCACUUGCUGUGAGGUCAUGGUGUCACUCUCAAUCUCUCUCUUAAGGCUGGGGUCCUCUAACUAGACUUCAAGUGCGUUCGUCAUCCCAUCCUGCUUUGUGCCCCUUCAGCGUUCACACCCUCAGUUCUGGGAGGGGGCUGCUGGUAGACAAGAGAAGGCCUGUUUCAGGAGUACCAAGAAUGGGCUGAGAUCUGGUCCCACAGGCCACACAGCCAACUUGCGCACCGUGUCUGGCUGUGGCUAGCCCAGCAGCUUCAAAAGCUUUAGCCAAUGUUCAGAACUUGGGAGACUGUAUAAAAAUCGAGAUUUCUGACUUCUCUCAAAAAAUGAGAAAACACGGGCACCUGGGUGGCUCAGUCGUUAAGCUAUCUCUCUCUGUCAAAUAAAUAAAAUCUUUAAAAAAGAGAGAGAAAACGUGCUGCCGUUGCGCUCACUCACACACUCGUACUGGCACUUGGGAAAAGCUGUAACAUCUACCUUUUAGAGAGGACAUGGCUCCCCCGUUUGCUGCGUUCCCACCAACAGCAGGGAAGUGUAAAAGGCCUUGAUCUACACACUUGGCCGUUUUGCUCAUAAUAGAGAAAUGUCUCUCUAUGCA